AAGAGGCAUAGCAUCCGUAGAAGCACAAGAAACUGCAGCCACGAUGAAGAACCGCAACCAGUCCUUGCCUAGAGUCAUUAGAGAGGAGAGUAGAGUUAGAUAUGUGGCGAAGGUGUGUCCAGGGAUUCCGUCGGACCAGCCAGAGGAGCAAUAUAUGAAGUUUCAGCGAGAAAAAGACAGCGUGAAACUGACAUUUCCUCAUUCCGGGUGAAACAUCCACCAUUUCCUGACAUUUGUUCGAUUUCGCUGACAUUUGCGAACUUAUCUCCCACGCCUUAUGCAGGCACAGAAAAAGCUUCUACCUGGAUUCUCUGUACGACGAGAGUGACAACGCGCAGAUUCUGUUUGACAAGGAGAUUGAGCAGCACCUACCGUCGAUUAUUCAUGGCAACAGCGUUACAAUACUCAUAUACGGUGCUUCAGCUAGCGGGCUCAUGCAGGGCGAAGGCGAUGUGCCUGGACUGGCAGAGUUAUGCGCGGCGUGGAUAGCUGUACAUCAGAUUGAGCUCGAAACUUAUCGAGGAUCGUUCUCCUAUAUCGAGCAUCACGGGAGUAAAGCCAUUGAUCUGCUCCGGUCCCGGGAGCUCCGGGUUUUGGAAGGCUCUAAAGGCGAUGUACCUGACUUGCAGGAGGAAGUAUUUAGCUCGCUAGAAUCCUUCCUGGAUGGGCUCGAUGAAGCCACAUACAGACGUCAAGUUGCGAAGACAGGGUCCAAUGCGGUAUCCGGCUCAUAUGCGGUUAUGCAAUUAAAAGUGUGGCUAGACGACAACCCGAGUGUCGUCGGCCAGCUGAAAUUGGUGCAUUAUACGGGUCACAGGAACAAUAAGGACCUGAUGGACUUUUUUAAAGGCAGCAGCCGAGGAGUCAUGGUCGCUUGCCUGGCCCCGCAUGACGUCGCAUUGGCCACGGCCAUUUUGGAGGUGGCCGCUCGCUCAAGGCGGGUGGACAAGCUGCUUGCAAAUCAGAAGACUGCUGUGCAUGCAGCUCGAGCCAAAAGAGAGGAACGCAUCACUAAUGAGCUCCGCCGGGUACGCAAACCUAGUAGGUUCAAGAGGGCGUCCUGCUGUUUUGGCGCCUUUAUGAGGGGAGCUGCAGAGGCCGCUGAACUUCUGGAUCGAGAGGAUGGGGAAACGGUUUCCGCAGCAGCAGCAGCAGCACCAACACCACCACCACCACCACCACCACCAGGGGCAGGGGAAGUGAUAGAUUCAGUAGAUGUUGCUGCAAAGCGGAGGAUGCUGCUCAACAGCAUGGCUGCUAGAGUAGCUUUCCCAUUCAAGUGUCUCCAGGUUCUGGCCCUUCGGGUCAGCAAGGGCAAGCACCCAAAGAGAGUCGGCAAGAAGAAGACUCACCAGUCACCUCAGGCGAAUCAUGAGAACCUGGAUAUGCUGCCUGCUGCUGUGGAGACGGUUGCUCUGCACGAUUUGCUGCCUGCUGCUGCGGAGACGGUUGCUCUGCCCGAUGUGCUGCCUGCUGCUGCGGAGACGGUUGCUCUGCCCGAUGUGCUGCCUGCUGCUGUGGAGACGGUUGCUCUGCCCGGUGCGUUGCCUGCUGCUGCAGAAACGGUUGCUCUGCCCGAUGUGCUGCCUGCUGCUGUGGAGACGGUUGCUCUGCCCGAUGUGCUGCCUGCUGCUGUGGAGAUGGUUGCUCUGCCCGAUGUGCUGCCUGCUGCUGCGGAGACGGUUGCUCUGCCCGAUGUGCUGCCUGCUGCUGCGGAGACGGUUGCUCUGCCUGAUGUUCUGCCUUCUGCUGCGGAGACGGUUGCUCUGCCCGAUGUGCUGCCUGCUGCUGUGGAGACGGUUGCUCUGCCCGAUGUGCUGCCUGCUGCUGUGGAGACGGUUGCUCUGCCCAAUGUGCUGCCUGCUGCUGUGGAGACGGUUGCUCUGCCCGAUGUGCUGCCUGCUGCUGCGGAGACGGUUGCUCUGCCCGAUGUGCUGCAUGCUGCUGCGGAGACGGUUGCUCUGCCCGAUGUGCUGCCUGCUGCUGUAGAGCCGGUUGCUCUGCCUAAUGUGCUGCCUGCUGCUGCGGAGACGGUUGCUCUGCCCGAUGUGCUGCCUGCUGCUGUGGAGACGGUUGCUCUGCCCGGUGCGUUGCCUGCUGCUGCAGAAACGGUUGCUCUGCCCGAUGCGCUGCCUGCUGCUGUGGAGACUGUUGCUCUGCCCGAUGUGCUGCCUGCUGCUGCAGAGACGGUUGCUCUGCUCGAUGUAUUGCCUGCUGCUGUGGAGACGGUUGCUCUGCCCAAUGUGCUGCCUGCUGCUGUAGAGCCGGUUGCUCUGCCUAAUGUGCUGCCUGCUGCUGCGGAGACGGUUGCUCUGCCCGAUGUGCUGCUUGCUGCUGUGGAGACGGUUGCUCUGCCCGGUGCGUUGCCUGCUGCUGCAGAAACGGUUGCUCUGCCCGAUGUGCUGCCUGCUGCUGUGGAGACGGUUGCUCUGCCCGAUGUGCUGCCUGCUGCUGCGGAGACGGUUGCUCUGCCCGAUGUGCUGCCUGCUGCUGCGGAGACGGUUGCUCUGCCCGAUGUGUUGCCUGCUGCUGCGGAGACGGCUGCUCUGCCCGAUGUGCUGCCUGCUGCUGCGGAGACGGUUGCUCUGCCCGAUGUGCUGCCUGCUGCUGUGGAGACGGUUGCUCUGCCCGAUGUGCUGCCUGCUGCUGUGGAGACGGUUGCUCUGCCCAAUGUGCUGCCUGCUGCUGUGGAGACGGCUGCUCUGCCCGAUGUGCCGCCUGCUGCUGUGGAGACGGUUGCUCUGCCCGAUGUGCUGCCUGCUGCUGCGGAGAUGGUUGCUCUGCCCUAUGUGCUGCCUGCUGCUGCGGAGACGGUUGCUCUACCCGAUGUGCUGUCUGCUGCUUUAGCGGCUGCAUCAUCAGCAGCAGAUAUUGCAGAGGGCAGCUUUUCGGUGGCUAACGUGCAGAUGGUGCACUUGGAGAUCAGGCUGAUGGCCUCUUCGAGGCAGCCAACGGACAGCACUGCUGCAGCUCAUGUGGCAGACGAAAGGCCUUCGACUGCGAGCAGUGCGGCUUCAGCAGAGGAGGAUAGCACAGCGGUGAGCAAGAGGGAGAGGGGGCGAGUGGUAGAGGGGCAGGAGUGCCUCGUUGUUGCAGCACAGGAUGGGGAGGGGGACUGGCAAAAAGACCAGGGACGGGGCCUGGGCAGGGGACUCUCAAGGUCAGAGGAGGAAGGCGAAGGGGGCCUUGAGCAGGCAGUCAGUGGGAAAGCACGUGGGGAGAAAGUGGAAGUUGGGGACGGUGGGAAGGAUGGGAAGGGUGGGCAGGCUGGGCAGGCUGGGAAGGCUGGGAAGGCUGGGAAGGCUGGGAAGGCUGGGAAGGAUGGGAAGGAUGGGAAGGGUGGGAAGGGUGGGAAGGGUUGGCAGGGUGAAGAGGAAGUGGAGGGUGGAGAGCUAGUGCACGAAGCAGCCUUGGGCAAGAUGGCAGUGGGAGAGGAGCCGGCACUGGCUCAAGAGGCAGUAGGCGACGGGGCUGCAAGUGAGCCUGUGCUGACUAAGGAGGCGACGCAUGCAGGUGGUGUGGGGUUGUGGGAUGUGGUCGAGCAGGGAGAGGGGGUUCAAGGGGGGGUUGAAUGGAAGCAGGGAGAAGGAGAGGAAGCCGAGAAGGAAGCUGAACGUGAGCAGGGAGCGGGCGGGGAAGUCCAGGGACUUGAUCCUCUGACAGUGCUUCUGGAGAUGACGCCCUUGCGGCAACCUCUUGGCGCCAUCUCAGCCAACCCACCAUCACAACAGUCUGCGUUCCGUAAUGCCAUGGUGUCUUGUGAACUAGAGGACUUUCGUGGCAUUCAGGGCCUGGCCACUGGGGACCCUUCGACCCCUGCCCAUCCUGAGGACACGGCUGCUAUAGAGAGGCUGCUUGUUGCAAAGCUCAACUAUGCCACCGAGGAGGAGCUGCAGCAGUUGAAGGUAAGCAAUUCUGGGGAGACUGUUGGAUCCGUUUGUGGCUAGGCAAUGUACAUGAGCGUCUCUGUGAGUUAGAGUAACCAGCAGAGAAUGUGCAUGAAUAACGUCCUCAUGUAUUUCCAGGGUAUUGGCAAAGCCUAUGCAGCACAAAUAUGCGCUUUUCGGAAGAAGCCGCAUGUGGGAGCUACGCCGUUUGAAGCGGUGAGUUUUGCUUUUGCAAUGACUGCAACCCCCUUCUAGUACUGCUUAUGCAAGCCCCAUCUACCCCAAAUGCAAGCCCCAUCUACCCCAGCUGCAUGGCAUUCCCACACACCCGUUCCUCAAAGUAGGUUGUGGGUGUCUCCCGGAUGUUUGCCCCCCUGCUCGUUUGGCAGGUCACCGAACUUACAAGGGCUGGAAUCCCUCCUUGGAGAGUAAGUCUUAAACUGAGUGCACUGUGAGUGUGUUGGUGUACCCUUUCGCUUAAUGUCAUAUGGUGUAUGCAGGUGGACCGCAUUCGUCGAGAUAACAUAGAGAAAAUAUCCUCCGUGUUGUCACCAUCGGCCACUUUGGACCACAAAACCAGAGGCCGUCUCUAGCCACACGUACGGUAUGCCACAAGCUUGUGACUGGACUGGAUGACUGCGAAAGUGCGUUUUGGUGCAUGCAUGCGUCUGCUCGCUUGGAUGCAGCACGGAACUUGACUCAUGAACCCACCCAUUCACCUGUUCGGGAGUUAGUCCCAAUCAGUGUGGAGCUUUAUUCAUGUGUUUGCGUCAAGUUACUCUAGAUACAU